ACUCCUCUGAUAUGGAAACAAGCGCAGAGGCUGAGAAGCGUCACCUGUUGCGAAGCAUCACCAUCUUCGUUUUAUUUAUUUUCCCUCCCUCCUGUCACACAAUGUGUUGUGUUGAAAUGUCCGAACGGGUGGAGUGAAGGCAGGAAUCGUCUCGUCGGAGGCGGUGACAGUGUGAGCGUGAAGCAGAGGCAGGCUUUGGAUCAGACAGCAGAGGAAGCGUCGCAGCUUCAUUCAGCGCGUCUGGAUCAGAUGAGAGGGAGGGGGGUCACCCAGGAUUCCCUUAAAACCGCUCUCCAGGGAGGGGGGGCGGGGGGCUAAGACGAGGUGUUUUUUUUAUAUUACUAUUAUUAUUCCAGCAUCGUUUUAUUGGAUAGGAUCAACGCUUUGCAGCUUCAGAGAAACCUCCAUCGAUUUUUUUUAUUAUUAUUAUUUCAUUUUUUUUUUCUUUUUUCUUUUAUUUCUAAGAUGCCGCAACGGGGAAGAAAAGUGAUGGGAACAAGCUGUUGUGGGAAUCAGUGAAAUCAGAUGAGAGUUUCUCUUCGUGCUUUCCUGUUUUUGUUCUUUUUUUUUCUUCUUGCUGCCAUAAGAUCCACAAAUGAACGGAAAAAGCAGUCCGCUCAUUUCCUUUGAACCCAGUCGAUCCGGCGAGAUAAAUUCGUACCGUUCCAGCUCGGAUCAACAGGCUUUUUGAAGCAAAAACUUUACCUUAUUUUUAAAUCCUUCUAUGCACUGAACACCGAGGCCAUUUCCAGGCUGCCUCCCGGUGUCAAACACACGCCCCGUGAAAUGUGAUUUUUUUUUUCUUCCUUUUUAAAAAAGAUAUAACAAAAAAGCUGAACUUUGUAAGGAUUCGUGGUAUUUUUUUUUUAUUCGCUUGAUAUUUCCUCUGAAAUAUCAAGGAGAGCAGCUGAAGAGGUCCGUCCACAUCCAACUCCGGAGAGCGAGGCUAUAUGAAGAUCGAGACCCAGUUGUUGGUUUCCCCUAGCAGAGAUGCCAGUGCGUGCUGUGACCACCAGGUUCAUGUACAAGGGGCUUUGCACUAUUCCCGAUGUCCUCACCUGCCGGACCCCUGUUAGCCUGCCUGAGGACGAGGUGGAAGAGAUCCGUGAAGCUUUCAAGGUAUUUGACAGAGAUGGGAAUGGCUUUAUCUCAAAGCAGGAGUUGGGAAUGGCCAUGCGCUCUCUGGGCUACAUGCCGAAUGAGGUGGAGCUGGAGGUCAUCAUCCAAAGACUGGACAUGGAUGGUGACGGCCAAGUUGGCUUUGAAGAGUUUGUCACCUUGCUCGGCCCUAAGCUGUCGGCUGCCGGGAUGCCUGAUAAAUUCCACGGAGCGGACUUUGAUUCAGUGUUUUGGAAGUGCGACAUGCAGAAACUGACAGUGGACGAGUUAAAGAGGCUGCUGUACGACACGUUCCGCGACCAUCUCACUAUGAAGGACAUCGAGCACAUCAUCAUGACUGAAGAAAACCACCUGAACAGUCCAGAGUCUCACGUGGACAUCGACACGAGCCCCACGCAGCAGGAAAAGCACACGUGUGUGCGUAAAAGCCUGAUUUGUGCCUUCGCUAUUGCAUUUAUCAUCAGCGUCAUGCUCAUUGCAGCAAAUCAAAUGCUCCGGAGAGGUAUGAAGUAAAUAAAUUGCACCAGCAGGACAAAGAAGAUCUAUGGAUGGGAAAAUGAAAAAAAAAAUGAACAAAUGUUAACCAAAAUGUGUUCUAAUUUUUUGGUUUUCUUCACACUUGACACCCAUGACAAUAACAUCAGAGCUUCUUUCUACAAUACAGGAUGAAAUGAUGUCAUAUUGUGGUUUUGUGUGAGAUUAUGUAUCUUACGAUGACAAAAAGAAUGAUAGAAAGAUAGGUCAAGGGCUGAUUAGUGUCAGAAACAUAACUAAAAAAACAAGCAGGAAUUUAAAAUUUUAGAGCUCAGAAAGUGAUUUAUGAGUAUUGAGAACUUUUCUAUAUGUAAUGCACCAAAAAAAAAAGAUCAAAUGAUUGCGAUCAAGCAAAACAAAGGUUAUAUUUGUAAUUUUCAAUUUAAAAUCAUUAGCUGUUAAAUUAAGGAUGCAUUCUGAUGCAUUUUAUCUCUUACUUGUUAUCCUGAUUAUCAUACUGGCUCACUUUCUCUUUCAACAAAUCAGCCUUCUUUAAUCCCAAACACAAGAUAAGAAAUAAUUAGUCAGAAAUAAUUAGCCCUGAUUAUUGCUUCCUGUUAGCCAGUGUAGGAAUAAAAGAUCACAACAUAGAGCAAAUCUUUUACGCUUACAUUUUGUACAUAAAUUCAGAUCAUUUCACCUGUAAAGCUGUCAUAAUGUUGACAUUUUUUGUCAUUAAUAACUUGUCAUGACAUCACAUCAACACACUCUGAAAGGUGCUUGUUAGGCACAUUAUUGUUUAUUGUUUAGGAUCCCCAUCAGCUGGGCCUUACACCCAGCUACUCUUCCUGGGGUCCAUCGUUAAAAAUACGUACACAUAAUACAAUGAAAAUAUUCAAAAUAUAUGACAGAUGAUAAAAGUAAAAUACAUAUCAAUUCAAUUAUUAAUUACAGCUCAUCUAUGAAAAUUAUAUGUUAAAAAAUACAAUAAUUAACCAUUUAAUUUUAUAAAUAAGUUGCGCCAACAAAACAAAAUUAUGUGAACAGUAUCAGAUGCAACUUUCCAAAAACUAUGAAAGAAAAGAAUCAAAAGUGUUACAUUUCGUGUUUGUGAAUUUGUGUUUUAUCUAAGAGAAACCAUCUAAAGCUAAUCUGAAUGGAAGACCUGAGUGUUUGAACCUCUUUACAACAACACUACCCUCAUAAAGAAUGAAUGCACAGUUAAUAAUCAGGUUAUUAUUUCAGGCUUAUAAAUCAUUAAUUAACUGCUUUAGGGUUUCAGAAUUUUAUUUUAAAAAGUACCAACAGUGACCUGUUUCAUGUCAAAUAGUGUCUAAAUUUAUCUGCGGUCUUUAACUUACUGUUUGCCUUGGGUUUGUCAGGAACUUUGGGAUUGAUUGAUUGAUUGAUUGAUUGAUUGAUUGAUUGAUUGAUUGAUUGAUUGAUUGAUUGAUUGAUUGAU